GGAAAGUGAGCUAGAUUACUGACCCAGGAAUCCUGGCUCACCCUAAUCUUUCUCUUCCAGGAGUACUUAAUUUCAGUUCAAGUCGGAUUUGUUUUUUCUUUAGUUUGAAAGUAUGCCUUUGGUUUUUGGGAGGCCACAUCCGCUGGUGCUCAGAGCUUACUCCUGGCGCAGCUCUGAGGGACUGCUCCAGGUGGUUCUCAGAGGACCAUAUGGGGUUCAAAGGACACCUGCAAGGUCUGGGCCAGGACGAAGCCCCAGGUGCUGAGAGCCUCUGAUUGCGUUUCGGAAUAUGUUUUCAUACUCUCUGGCGUCGGGGGAGGGCGUCUGGCCCUCACUGCAGCCGGUCACUUACACCUACCUGCCCGCGCCCUGGCUGCUGCCCCCCAUCCAGGCCCACAACUUCUGCAGCCGGCCGCAGGGCAUGACCGCGGGCGAGCCUGCAGCGCCCAGAGAAUUCCAUUACUUCCACGGCCCCGCGGCCGCGCCGUCCUGGUGGGCCUUCCCGCAGGCUUAUGCGGCUGCCCUGCGCCCGCCCUUCCCCGCAGCCGGCUACCAGGGGCCGGCGGAGAGGCCUGAGAGCGUGGCGCCGUGGCCCGAGGGCGGCAGCGUGCAGGCCGAGCUGCGCUGGGGCUGCGUGGAACGCGUGCUGGGCCCGGGCCUCGAGCUGCCCGACUUCGUGCUGCGGGAGCUGCGGCGCGUAUACGGCACGUACCCGCACACCGACGCGCGCAUCACCUACCGCGGCGGCGAGUUCCUGGUGCAGGCGGCGCCGCGCGCGCGCGAGCCCGAGUACCGCGUGGAGAGGCGCGUGGUGCACGCGCCAUCCGGCAGGGGCAGCCGCGACAGCAGCCCGGCCGCCGCCGCCGCCGCCCCCGCCGCCGGGGCCACCGAGCGCAAGCCAGGCCGCCGGAAGAAGAGGAGAAGCCUCCUGGGCUGA